AUGUCGACCUUCAUCGCCUGCACCACCUACUUGGCCUACGCGACCUUUAUCUUUGUCGGGCACGUCCGUGACUUCUUUGCCUGGUUCCUGGGACGCGGUCGUUUUGUGCGGGUCGCUUCCGAUUUCCCCGGGGACGACUGGUCGCGCUUUGCGCCGCUCCUCAAGUCUUGGGAAGACUUUUACUUCCGCCGGAUCUACAUCCGCGUGCAAGACGCCUUUAAUCGUCCCAUUGCCUCCAAACCGGGAUCGCACAUUGACGUACUCGAACGUGUCUCGGACGACGCCCAAAAGUCUAUGCACGCGCCCGACGGUAGCGUUUGUCGGCAGUGCCUAAACCUGGGCUCUUACAAUUAUUUGGGCUUUGCCGAUGAUUGGCAUGUGACCUGUGCACGGGACGUCAUGGCUUCGCUUCAAGACUUUAGCGUCUCCACCAGUAGUGCCCGGAACGAAUACGGCACUACCGCCCUGCAUCGCCAAGUCGAAACCACCGUGGCACGAUUUUUGGGAAAGGAAGACGCCAUUUGCCUCAAUAUGGGUUUCAAUACCAACGCCACUACUAUUCCUUCGUUGGUUGGGCGCGGAGAUUUGCUCAUUUCCGAUGAACUCAAUCACACCAGUAUCGUCAACGGCGCGCGUGCCUCGGGUGCCGCCAUUCGAGUUUUCAAGCACAACAGUAUUAUCGAUCUGGAGGCAACGCUCAAGCAAGCGAUAAUUUUGGGGCGUCCCCGGACUCGCCGGCCCUGGAACAAGAUUCUCGUUAUUGUGGAAGGUAUUUACAGUAUGGAAGGCGAAUAUUGCGACUUGCGCGGUGUCGUGGACGUGUGCAAGAAAUACGGUGCCUACAUUUAUUUAGAUGAAGCUCAUUCGAUCGGAGCGACGGGUGCCACCGGACGAGGCUGCACCGAGUUCGCCGGGGUAGACACGGCCGAUGUGGAUAUCCUUAUGGGUACCUUUACCAAGUCCUUCGGGGCGAUGGGUGGAUACGUGGCCGCCGACCGCGCCACCAUUCAACAUUUGCGCAACACGUGCGCUGCCAGUUCAUGCCACAACGCCCUAUCUCCCGUGGUGUGUCAGCAAGUCCUCACGGCAUUCAAGGUUAUAAUGGGCGAAGACGGCACCAAUAUUGGCAAACAAAAACUUCAAUCGCUACGCGACAAUUCCAACUAUUUCCGUAUGCGCCUCGAAGAAAUGGGUCUCCAAGUGCUCGGUCAGUAUGAUUCCCCCGUCAUGCCGAUUAUGCUUUACAACCCCUGUAAGAUUGCCGCCUUUUCCCGGGAAUGCUACAAACGGGGCUUGGCCGUUGUUGUCGUGGGCUUCCCUGCCGUUCCUUUGCUGCUCUCCCGGGCUCGCUUUUGCAUUUCAGCCGGACACGCGCGUGAGGAUUUGGAUCGCGCCUUGGCGGAGAUUGACGAAAUUGCUGAAGUCCUAAAAUUGCGAUACGCCCGUUCCUUUUGUGGCUAA